GCACGAAACCGUACAAGAACGCAGCGAGAGGUAAACAUUGCAUCAUCGACUCUGCUGAGGCCGGUAUCGCGAUGAUCAUUCUGCUGCAAUUUUGAAGAUACUGAUGACCAUUAGGAAAAGUUAGUAGUUUCAGGAAAGUGGACUUUUGUUUAAAAACUUCAAGAUGGUUGAGUUUUCAACUGUUGCCAUUGGUGUACUUCUCUCCCUUGAACUUGGAUACUUUGUGAAAGCUGUUGUCUAUGCUUUUGGCUCAAGGUUUCUGCUGCCAAAGCUUCAUCCUCUUCAAGCCUCAAGGUUAUAUGGUAUAUGCACAACCAGAGACAUAGACUUCCUGCUGAACCACAUCAACAAUGCACGAUACCUCAGGGCCAUGGACUUUGGUCGUGUGGACCACUUCACCAGGUCCAGGCUUUUAAGUGGCGUAGGAGGAAAGAAGGUGCAGGUUCUUGUUGCAGCCAGUACCAUCAGAUACCGCAAGCCAGUAUAUAUCUUUAUGCCAUACAGGCUGGAAUCUCAGAUUGUUUACUGGGAUGAGCGAAAUUUAUACUACCGCCAAAACUUUGAAACCAUACAUGACAACUUCCUACGAGCAACUGCCUAUGUGAAGCUGACAGUGUUGGGGUCAAGUCCAGAUGAACUCUUGUCUACCUGCCUCUCAGAAUCUCCAGAACGUCCAACCAUUCCAAAUGAUCUUGAAUCUUGGAUGCUCUAUGUUAAGCAGAACAGUGAGAAUCUCAAGAAGAAAGUGUAGGAACGUUGCAGUAUGUUCUGCUGUCUUUUAUGUUACCCAGUCAUUUGUUCAGUUUAUUGCUGUCAUAGCCUCAAUCAAAUGGUAUUCUGCAAGAUUCCUCCUUUGCAAACCAAUCUGAAAUUUAGUAAUAUCCACUUGCUGAGAAGAUGCACUUUCCUUAGGCUAAGUGAUCAGUAGGCAUUUAACAUAGUGAUCAUAGUCUUGCAUACUAGGUUUGUAGAUCACAUAUUUUAUCUUUUUUCCUUAAUCCAAGGCAUACACUGGUUAAUUAUUAUCAAAAAGGUUUUGCUGGUGUUUCAAGCACAUUAUAAAUGUAGGUAACAUGGUAAUUUUUGUAAAAGGCAAAUACAUAGGAAACCAGUGAUAUUUUCCCUUGUGGUGUUUCUUCAUAGUGCAAUAGUGUAUGAAUAUUUAAUGACAUUCCUCUGUCAGUCAGGUGUACAGGUACUUCUACAGGUACUACUUCUCUUACUUGUAUGCAUGGUCUAGUCAGUCUGUUUUAAGAACAAACUUUCUUAAUCAUUGAUUUGUGUAUGAUAUAUAGAGAAUACUCACUAUUUAAAUGAAUUUAUAUGAUGUGUGCUUAUUCAUUUGUUCAUUGUCAUUAUAAAAGACAAGUGGUUAUCUGUCCUGCAUUUCUAAGAGUUGGAGGUAUUACAUAGUAAACCUUUAGCUUAGUCCCUGACAAGCCUUAUGUUUAGAGAUAAGCAUAUACUGAAGUUUGGUAGGGGUCCUUACAGUGCCAGUUUUCAUUAGUAACUCAAAAGGCACAAUUUACUCUAGGAAUUUUACAUCUUCAUAUGGAUGCAUUCAAUUUCCUAACCACAUUGGAGGUAAUAUGCUUGUGAUAUAAUCCCAGGCAUUUCACAGACAUUACCAUUGCAUAAAUAGUCAUUAGAUUAUAUGUAAUACUUUAUCUGCCAAAUAGUUAACUUUCCUCAUGAAACCCAAUCAGCUUCUGGUGUUUUUCCAUUGUGGUUUGCCUUGCUGUUUUAAAAAGAAAUAGGGCAUGAAUUUUAGUGCAAAUGAUAUGUGCUGAAUUGUACAUGCUGAUGUUAUAUAGUAAUUUCUAGGCAGUAGAAAGUGUAGUACAUCAAUUUUAAAUUAUGUCAUGAAAGAGCACUUUUUAAAGAUUUUUAAAGCCUUUGCACAGAAUGAAAUGUUUUAAAGUAAGAAUAAUGUAUAUUCUAAUUUGGUUGAUUUAGCAUGCACCCCACACAAUCCUUUGAUGCUUGUUUUGUUUAGAAUAUUAUAAUUAUUUGGAGUACCAAAGUUUAAAAGAGUGGGGGGAUUAUUUCAAUGAAAAAUACCACCAAAUGCGACAUGUCAUAUCUCAGUUUUAGGGGUAAGGUAAUCAGUUAUCUUAGAAUAAAUAAUAAGACAAAACAGUGCUCUGGACUAAUUUUUUUGUGAGGCAUAAGCAAUAAUUUUUAUGUGUUUAAAUCAAAUAUAUUGGGAAUCAUUAUUGCAUGCAUAUAUUGCAUGGAAAAUUGAAAAAUAGAGAUUGUCAAGAGCAUUUAAGGAUUUUGAAUGAAGAUGUCAGAUUUUAUAAUGAUAGUGAAAUUGUUACCUAAUUACUAAGCCUUUAUAAAGGUUAUUUUGAGGAAAAGGUUACUAUUUGAUAUUUUGCUUGAUAUGAUCAGAACUACAAGAAUCAACCCAUUGUUCCUGCGAAAUGUUGGGUUUACUGUAGUUUGUGAAGUGUCUCUGUACUUAGUACUUGUGGAGCCAUCUAAGUAUAAAAACCACUAAUAAAUUAAACUUACAUGGCAUGGCAUGUGUGUACAAGCCAUCCCCGGCGGUAUCAGAUAAAGUAAUUAUUAUUAGUUACUCAUGCUCUUGGCAUGAAUCGGGUGUUGAAAGGCCGGUGCAGAAGUUGAUUUCUUUGAAUGAUUACAUAUUCUAUAGGAGAUGAUAUUUGAUUUGUGGUAUUUAAAGAAACUGUUAUAUAAGCUAAAUGAGGAUAUGUGGUUGUUGAUAAGUGUAAUUAAAAAAAAAAUCAAUAUAAAUUACACUAUUUUAGAUUAUUGUUUAUAACUUAGAUUAAGUUACAAAUUAGACCUUAAAAUUUCAGUUAUAUUUCUUUGGUGAACUCGUAAUGAAAUUCUAUCAAUGGGUGUAAAUUGUUUUUAUCACACAUUUCCUCUAAAAUAAGGUUUUGGUCUGGUAUUACCAAAUUACUUCUAGACAUGAAUGCCCUCCAGACUAGAAAUUUAAUGAAAUAAGAUUAUAUUAAUAAUGUGUACAAUGUGCUCGUAGUAUAGAGAGGUCACAGAGUAUAUUUUUUUCAAUAUGGGUUUGUUUUGUAUUUCCAUUGUUAUUUUGUUCUUUAUAGAGAUACUACUAGUUGGACAUUUAUAAACUAAAAUGAAAUCACAUGAUUGAUAUUGUAAUCUCAUUUCUACAGUUACACGAUAAGAAUACUUCUACCUAACUGAAAAUAGAUACACAUUUUUAAAAACAUAUUUUACUAAUGUUAGGAUGCAUAGGGUUACAUAAGUGGUAAAUUUUGGCAUUUACUAAUUUGUUAUACAUCCCUCAGAUUCAAAUGCUUGAUGGAUAUGAUAUAAUGAAUAAUCUUACUCUUUGUUUGGCAGUUUGAAAGCCUUUCAUAUUAUAUGUUCAUGAAUAAAACAUAAUACAUU